CCCCGGAAGUGAAAGGAGACGGCGCGUGUUCAGUAGUUGAAAAGGAGACGGCGCGGCGUGUUCAGUAGUUGUUUAAACACAAACAUGGCUUCAGCAAGAUCUACUCGCCUUUGGACGGACAAGGAGACCCGGUUCAUGCUCCAUCAAAUACAGAAGCUAAACAUUUUUAAAUUUAUGGAUGGGCGCAAAACAAAAAACGCGAACCUUUUUAAAAAGAUCAAGAAAGAGAUGGCAGAUGCAGGCUUCAUCAGGACACCGGAGCAGAUCAAAAUCAAGUGGAAACAUAUACGGCUGGCGUACAUUGGUGCCAAACAAAACAACUCCAGCAGUGCACAUGAUCCGGUCAGUUGUCCAUACUACGAUAUUUUGGAUGACCUGCUAGGGAGUCGACCUUUGUCCCAAGCGGCAGCCGACCAAGAAGCAGCAACAGAGAUGGGUGGAGAGUCAACAGCAGCGAUGGUAGACGCAACAGAGAUGGGCAGCCAUGAUGAUUCAACAGGCAGCACAACACAGCAUGGCUGCGAUGCUGCUGAGACCUUAAGGAGCAGUUCCCCGCUGCAGAGGAACUCUGAGUUACCUGAGACAAGUGCCCAGAGACCUCGUCGGAGGCGGCAGGGGCAUACAGGCCAUGUCGCUCUGAUAUGCGAGCAAAUGGGUGAGAUGAGGGAUUUUUGGAGAGAGCAGCUUCGUGAACGUGAUGAGCGACAGGAGCGGUUGCUGACCACAUAUAUGGAGGGCACAAACAACAUGUUUGCAGCAAUUCUGGAGGAAAUCAGGAGCCUGUGGCCUCUGGCACCCCCCAUCCAACACAAACGCCCUCACGGCCAAUGACCUCCAACCCACAACCGGAAGCGGACCUGGGGUACCAUCAUGCCCUCCCAGGACCUGGGGUACCAUCAUGUCCUCCCAGGACCUGGGGUACCAUCAUGCCCUCCCCGG